UACCGCGAAAUCACCCACCCAUUCUUCUUCUUCUACCGCAAAAAAAUCUCCCGCUGCUCUCACGGAAGAUUCCAUCCCACCUUUUGCCGAAGCAGAGUUGGUUGGUGUUGGACUUCCUGCUCCUCCGAUUCCAGUCCCUCCGUUGGUCUUCUUGGUUGGAGAGCUAGGUGUCAUGGACCCGGUGGCGGGAGGCAUUGUGAAGGAGGAGCUCCUGGAGCAGCAGCCGCGGCCGAUGGAGGGGCUGCACGAGGCGGGCCCGCCGCCGUUCCUCACCAAGACCUACGACCUGGUGGAGGACCCGUCCACGGAUCAGGUGCUGUCGUGGAGCCGCGCAGGAAACAGCUUCGUGGUGUGGGAUCCGCACCUCUUCGCCGAGGUGCUGCUCCCGCGACUCUUCAAGCACAGCAACUUCUCCAGCUUCGUCAGGCAGCUCAACACCUAUGGUUUCAGAAAGGUUGACCCUGACAGAUGGGAGUUUGCAAAUGAAGGUUUCCUGAGGGGUCAAAGACAUCUCCUGAAGAUGAUCAAGAGGAGGAAGCCGCCGUCCAAUGUGCCUCCAUCACAGCAGCAGCAGGCUAUCACGUCUUGCCUGGAGGUUGGUGAGUUUGGAUUUGAGGAAGAGAUUGACAGGCUGAAACGUGACAAGAACAUCUUGAUCACAGAGGUAGUUAAGCUAAGGCAUGAGCAGCAGGCCACUAAGGAUCACGUGCAAGCCAUGGAAGAGAGGCUAAGAGCUGCUGAACAGAAACAGGCCCACAUGAUGGGGUUCUUGGCAAGAGCAAUGCGUAACCCGAGGUUCUUCCAACAUUUAGUUCAACAACAAGAUAAGAAGAAGGAGCUCGAGGAUGCCAUCUCAAAGAAAAGAAGGAGGCCCAUAGACAAUGUUCCAUUUUGUGGCCUUGGAGUAACAAGCCAGAGUGAGCAGCAUGAUUCAGAGCUGUUGUUUGAUUCGGGUGUCCUUGGUGAGCUCAGUCAACCUGGAAUGCCUAGGCUGGAGAAUUUUGCUCAGAACAUUCAGGAGCUUGGGAAAGGUAAAAGAGAUGAGGAAAAGAUGGAUCAAGCUAAUGGGCAGGUGGAGCUAAACAAUGAAUUUUGGGCAGAGCUGUUUUCUGAUGAUUUUGGAGACGAUUCUGGGCUGUCAGAGUUGGAGGGAAGGAGACCUGAGGAUAUCGAUGAGCUGGCUCAGCAGUUGGGGUAUCUGAGCUCUACUAGCCCACAGUAGAGUUUUGUUGACAAUGGUUUACUUAACCAACAAACAUUGCUUCUUCAGUACUAUUGCCGAUCAUCUUGAACAAUCUGAUUUAGUUGAUUGGUGAGCAACAUGACACCUCUGGGCAGAGGGUAGAGGCUGACGACCAACUGCCGUGUCCCUUCAUGGAGGCCCAUGUUGUAUAGCGUAAUGAUUUUACGCUUAUACUCACUACGCUGAAGAAGAUGAUGAACGCAGACUUUCAUUUGUCAUCAAUUGGUAUUCAGGAGCAGUUCGAGAAAGGUUUUACUGUGUAUACUCACUAUUUUAGUCAAGUUCUCUUGUGAAAGUCUAGUCUCUGGCUGUGGGUUUAGCCAGUUUUCUUGGGUGGUGUAUCCCGCAGCCUUAUCGUACGUAGUUCAGACCAAAGUGUCAUUUUGCUUGUCAAUUUUGAUGAACUUUGCAAGGUACUUGAUUAGUUUCAUGAUUUUUUAACUUGUAUAUCUGCCACUGCGAAGUCUGGCGUUUUUGUCAUUCCCAAGCCAUCCGCAAAUUUCAAAUUUAUGAUUCUUCCUUUCUCGUAA